UCAUCGUUCAAGUCAAUGGUCGGGGAUUCACCGUUCGCACUGAGUGUGAAUAUAAAGGAAACAUCGCUGCUUAUUGUGAGAAGAAUUUCAAAUGCCUCUGUAGGUGCAGCAGCAAUGAACUUCGUCGGUAUUUUUAUUCUUAUCAGUUGCUUUCUUUCUAUUACUGUAACAUCACCUAUAGUGGAUGAAGAUGACGAUUCCACUUUUGGGUGUAAUUGUUUGGACGAUAGGCAACAUGAAAGAAGGACAAUGAAGAAACAGUACUUCGUCCACAACAAUCAGGAAGUUACGUUUCUGGAAGCUUGGAGACGUUGUUUGAGUGUUGGGCACCAGCUGGCCACUAUAACUUCGGAGAAGGACAGCCAAUUGAUAGAGCAAGCGAUUGCAAAAUCAAGUAACACAAAAGGUCCUUGGUACAUAGCAGGAACGGAUUUGGGAAGUGAGGGCCAUUUUGUAUGGAUCUCUACCAAUAAACCGGUCGGAUAUUUGACUGGCUAUUUAAAUUACUCUCCUGGACAACCGGAUAAUGCUGGAGGAAACGAAAAUUGCUUAGAAAUAGGCCGCUGGGGCGGGGUCGUUUGGAAUGAUGUACCGUGUGAAUGGAAGCAGCGUUAUAUUUGCGAAUACGUAACAUGGAAUUAGAGACGUUAAAGGUUUGCCUUGUCGGCAUUAUUAUAUAUCAGCCUUACUGACAAUGAAAUUCAGUACAGGAAUAAGCAGCAAAUAGUAGACUGUGCAGUAAAGAAAGUGUUUUAUAGUAAGUCUGAGAAAGUUAAAAUGGAAAUAUACCGGUAUUAGACAGAAAUAAAAUAUUUCUUUCUUUC